UAAGCACCAAAUCGUUGUUUGCCACCCGCCAAUACACCUCAUUGAAGAAGAAAAAUGAAGAACUGAAAAUUGACAGCUUGCUGUUACAGGUUUUCGUCUUUUAAGCGUUUUAUCGAUCGGUUUAAGUAGCUAAUGUUGCGAUUUAGCCAGCUAGACGGAGCAUGACCUUAUCUCAAUUACGGCGUAACCAGGGCAACAAUGCUGCAGAUGGGAGAUGAAGUCACCCUGUACUCGGUUGUCUUUGUGGUCGUCCUGCUGGGGACCCGAAGCCCAAUUUGGACAACCGUCCUCACCGUCUCCCUCUACGUCUUUCUGGCCCUGUUUCGGUUCCCCCAGGUACCGACCAGCCGAGCCCGGCAGGUGCUGCACCCAGCCAAGGGCGUGUCGGAGGUCGCUCACCGGGGCGGUGGGCACGACGCACCGGAGAACACUAUAGUCGCCAUUCGGGAGGCCAGUAAGAAUGGGGCGACGGGCGUGGAGUUGGACCUGGAGUUCUCUGCAGAUGCCGUUCCAAUACUGAUGCACGAUGAGACUGUGGACCGGACCACUAACGGUUCGGGUCCACUCAGUCAGAUGACACUGUCCGAUCUGGGGAGACUGGAUGCAGCUGCUAAACAUCGACUCAAGGACAAGUUUGCUGGAGAGAAGAUCCCAACUCUUGACGAGGCGGUGGAGGAAUGUAUUAAGCUGCAGCUCACCAUCUAUUUUGAUGUCAAAGGUCAUCCAGAUGAGGCAGCUGCAGCCCUCAAAGAAUUGUAUAAAAAACACCCAGUCCUCUACAACAGCAGCAUUGUCUGCUCUUUCGAGCCCAGAGUUAUCUACAAGAUGAGGCAGAGUGACCCAGAAGUGGUCACAGCACUGACCCACCGGCCAUGGAGCCUGAGUCGGUUAGGAGAUGGCUCCCCACGUUUCUCAUCGCUAUGGAAACACAAUUGGAUGACACUAAUGGACAUAGUGUUUGACUGGGCGCACCAUCACGUGCUGUGGAAGCUGUGCGGCAUCUCAGCCUGCCUAAUCCAGAAGAACUUUGUCUCAGUGGACUAUGUGCAGUACUGGGCCCAGAGGGGGGUGGAAGUGGUGGCCUGGACAGUCAACACAAAAGUGGAGAAAGAGUAUUACCAGGAACUGCUGCAAGUCAACUACAUCACAGACAGCCUUGUGGAAGACUGUGAACCCCAUUACUGAGACCCACGUAAACCCAGCACAGGAUGUGUUCCCACAUACAGUCAUUAAAAAGAUCAAAUCCA